GUUGUCAUCGUCGACUUUUGAUGACGUAGUUAUGUAACUUCUGGCGACAGCGCGAAAAACUAACGUUAUCUCACGGAAGGAUAUCGCUCUGUUCCCGGGCUGACUUUAGUAGGCCAGUUAGCUCCAGUGAUGGAGUACGGAAAGGAGCGAGUGGUGGCGUUAGUAGACAUGGACUGUUUCUACGUCCAGGUGGAGCAGAGACUCGACCCAGCUCUGAGGAACACCCCCUGUGUGGUGGCGCAGUACAAGACGUGGAAAGGAGGCGGCAUCAUAGCUGUGAGCUACGAGGCCAGGGCCCAUGGUGUCACCAGGAACAUGUGGGUGGACGAUGCCAAGAAACUUUGCCCCGAUCUCCAAGUGGCACGAGUGCGUGAGUCUCACGGCAAGGCAGACCUGACACACUACAGGGAUGCGAGCGUGGAGGUGAUCGAGGUGAUGUCUCGCUUCGCCGUGAUUGAGCGAGCCAGCAUCGACGAGGCCUACAUGGAUCUGACUGCUGCGGUCCAGCAGCGGCUGAAAAACCUGAUGGACAAACCAAUUGAGCCUCACCUGCUGAGGGCGACGUACAUCCAGGGGUUCCCGCAAACUGUACCUGAACACGAAGCAUCUGCGGAGGACGCUGCCUCGGGUAAAGAGGAGCUGAGGUCCAGAGGUCUUCAGCAGUGGCUGGCAUCCCUGCCUUACCCUCUGCCCGGGGAGCAGAGCACCGCGGAACUGAAUCUAACUGUGGGGGCACUCAUCAUCGAGGAGAUGAGGGCAGCCGUGGAAAAAGACACAGGUUACUGCUGUUCAGCAGGGAUAUCACACAAUAAGGUUUUGUCCAAAUUAGCUUGCGGUCUGAACAAACCGGAUCGACAAACCGUUCUGCCUUUGGACUCGGUGACGGAACUUUUCAACUCUCUACCUGUCAGCAAGAUCCGGAACCUGGGGGGUAAGCUGGGUGCCUCCAUCACAGAAACUCUGGCCAUAGAGAAUAUGGGAGAUCUGACCCGCUUCUCUCAGGCUCAACUGGUCCAGCACUUUGGAGAAAAGACGGGCCAGUGGCUGUACGACUUGUGUCGGGGGAUUGAUUUUGAAGCGGUGAAACCCAGACAGCUUCCCAAGUCCAUCGGCUGCAGUAAAAACUUCCCCGGGAAGACAUCGCUGGCUACAAAAGAGCAGGUACAGUAUUGGCUCCAUCAGCUGGCCCUGGAGCUGGACGAGAGGCUUACCAAGGACAGAGAAGUGAACGGCCGUGUGGCUAAGUUGUUGACGGUCGGCGUCCGUCAGCUCGGGGACAAGAGGUCAAGCAGCUUCUCUCGCUGCUGCGCUCUAGUGCGCUACGAGGCGACCAAGCUGUCCGACGACAGCUUCGCCAUCAUCAAGAGUCUCAACACGGCAGGAAACCACCAGGCAGCCUGGACGCCGCCCCUCACUCUGCUGCACCUUUCGGCGAGCAAAUUCAGCGACGCUCCGUCAGCAGGCGGCAUUGCCGGCUUUCUUUCCGGUGACGUCACGUCGAGCCAGAGUCUUUUCUCCCCCACUCAGCCCUUCGCCCGGCCACUCUCUGAACAGAAAAAUGAGUCGGCCUGCAAACAGCCUGGCACCAUCCGGUCCUUCUUUCAGAAGGCCGCCGAGAAACAAAGACACAAGGUGACAGAAGACGUAGACGAGCAGGACGAUGAUGACAAUAUCGGAUCCACUGGGAUUCCCCCGGCUUCCUCCUCUCAGAAGACCUCUCUUCCUGAUGGUCGGUUGGCGGCAAAUACCAAUUCCCCCGUGUCUUCCCUUUCGCUUAUUUCCCACUCUAAAAGUGGUCCAGCUGGCACCCAAUCUGGCAUUUCCUCUUUCUUCCACAAGAAGGGUGUUGAAAGAAGCUCGCAGGCCUCGACGUUCAAAGAGCUCGGACCUGAAGAAGAAGAUAUCGAAGACGCUGCUGCGUCAGGCCUCCGGGGAAAACGUAGCUCGUCUCAGCGGUCACUGUGCGAGGAGGUAAAGGACGAAGCUGGCAUCGAUGCAGAGACAAAUCGCCGUCUUGCUGCUGCUGCAGCCAGAGAAGACGUGUUGAGCUGUGAACACUGCGGCAAGGAAGUGUCGGCCUGGGAAAUGCCUGAACACAACGACUAUCACUUUGCCCUGGAUCUCCAGAAUUCCCUCUCUUCAUCCACUGCGUCAGCGCCCGUCUCCUCUCCCUCCACCGGUUCACUUACUCCUGUCAGAGCGCAGUCCUCACGCGGGAAGACAAAAACCGGAAGCCAGUCAGGACCUCAACCGAAAAGGCACCGAUCCCAAGGGGGAAGCUCGGGCCCCUUGGAUUCUUUUUUUAAGAGGAACUGACGGUGUGAUGUCGAGCUGCAUUUAAAAGUAGAAUAAGAUACAAGCUACUGUACAUGCACAUUAAGCAUAUCACAAAGUUAUUUUU